GCUUAAGUUACAUUUUUUUGGGCUGCAUCAUAGACAACACAAUAACUGAAAACAAAAUUCCAAAUUUUCAGGACAGGGCAGACGGGGAUUUCCCUAUAUAAAAACUCCUGAGACCCUCAAGCUCUAGUCUCAACUCAAAAAUGGCCGAAAAGAAACCCGAGGAGAAUAAGAAAAGUUUAAAGAACACUGCCAGUAGUUCUUUGAACCCACCAAAUCGCCUGGAAGCCCAAAAUCGCCAGCGGGAACAGAAUAAUGCCCUAUUUGCCCAACUUUUUGCCAGUCUAGAGGGUGAACAUCAGAAACUGAGGGAGUUGGAACAGCGCCGAUCGAAGCUCAUUGAGGAAAUGAAGAAUCUGAGGGCUCUUCUGUUUGCCGAGAAUAAAAGACUUCGGCAGACAGUGGCCCCCAUUCCUGGCAAUGCAAUUCCAGUGCCCAUUGGUAGUUCAAUAGCCAAAAAUCCUCCCGAUACAUCAGCUGGUCCCACCACCUCUCUUAAAUCUGCUCGUUUGGAGCGCAGAGGUUCCACUAAAUCGGUGACAAUUGCCGAACCACCAGAAAGAAGUUUAACCAUUACCGAAAGACCCAGGGCAAGUAGUUCCCAGAGUUUGCAGAAAAAGGGAAUUCGGGGAAAUCUUAAAUCUGCAUUAAACAAAACCAAACGGAGGAAGCCCUUAGAUAAUAUAUCCAAUACCCGAGAGGAUUUAUUAGACGAGCUCGGUGAAUCCGCGCUAUCCAUUUCUGUGGGCUCCAAUUUGCAAACUCUGGUGCAAGAAAGAUCAAACUUAGAGGAUCGAGAAGAUAUAGACGAAGUGGCGGUCCCCCUUCCGGAAAUUUUUACCCUUAUGGAUUCCCAAUUUGCAGACACAAGUCCAAUCAUUUUACCAAGUAUUCCAGACGCCAACGAUUCAAAAGUUUCCGAAGAUAUUUUAAACCCCGAUCAAGAUGCAAGUUUUUAUCUGCCAAGUGCUAGGUCUUUAUUCGGGGACUUAAUAGGAACUGAUUCCGCCCCCUUAAUAAUGGAUUUGCCAGGGGUAUCACUGGAAUUACCUCCAUUUGGCAUUGCCGAAUGUUCAGCGAAUGCGGGGGAAAUCGUUGAAAAUAAACCCGAAAAGGAAUCGGAUUUAGGUCCUCCCAACUUUUAAAACCUGCUAAACUUGGAAUUACAACUUUUACUUGAUCUGGUCACAUUACUUCAGUAAAUACAUAGA